AUGGCUCGCGAGCAACAUAAAUUCUGUUCUUCUUUCCUUAAAUCUUUGAAAAAUCAUCCAUCGGCUGUUCCUUUUCUCGAACCAGUUGAUCCGGCAAAGUAUGGGGUCUCUGAUUACUUUGAUAUUAUUAAGAAACCUAUGGAUCUCGGAACAGUCGAAAAAAAACUAAAUAACUACGAAUACUCUACCGUUCUUGCCUUCGUCCAAGAUGUCAGACAAAUAUUUGCAAAUUGUAUCAUGUAUAACGGCAAGGGACAUGCAUUUUCCGUUUUUGCAAAGGAUCUUGACACUUUAUUCAACCAGUUGCUUAGUAAAAUGCCUGGACUGAAGGAAGAACCAGCAGUUAAGACAGAGCCUUCUAACGUACCUGACUCUAAGAUUUGUCUUUCUGGGGAGCCCUUUGCGAGUAAAGCUCCCGUUGAAUCAAUGAAACGACCAAAGAGGACCAUCAAAGCACCUUCUAAAGAUCUACCUGAGGCCCCUUCGGUUAAACGUAAAAAGAGUAAAUUAAAUCAGGAACUUAGUUUUUGUCGUGAUGUGAUCAGGGAGUUACGUAAAAAAGUUCAUUGGGCUUACGCUUAUCCUUUUUACGAACCUGUUGACGCAGAAAAAUUAGGA